AUGCCCAAAGAUACAACUCAUUCUGAAGAAGACGAAUUCUUGCAAGAGGAAGCCAGUAAAGAAGUGGUCGACGAUAUUGAAACUAUUAAAAGACGUAUGGCUGAAUUGACCGAGGAGCAUUCCAAAAUCAAGGCCAUGCAAUUCGAAAUUGAGAAGGGAUUAAGUACUGUCGGAGAGGAUCAAGAAGAAAGAGAUUCACGAUCAAUUUUUGUUGGAAACGUCGAUUAUUCGACUCUUCCAGAGGAGCUUGAAGCCAACUUCAAACAAGCUGGCGAAAUUGAGAAAAUUCUCAUCAAAUCCGAUGCCUACCAAAAUCCAAAAGGUUUUGCAUAUAUUGAAUUCAAAGAUAAAAGCUCAGUAGAAAAUGCUUUGCAAUUGAACGGAACUGAAUUUAAGGGAAGAAUUCUCAAAGUAUUACCAAAGAGAACCAACUUACCAGGCUUAAAGAGUGCACCCCCAACAAGAGGUCGUGGACGAGGUAGAGGAGGACCACCACGUGGUGGCAGCAGUAGAGGAGGAAGUAGUUACCGAGGAGGACCUCCUCGUGGCGGCCGAGGUGGUGGCAGAGGCCGUGGACGAGGACGUGGUGGAGGUCCAUAUUAA